AUGGAGCAUAUUGGAGCUUUUCCUGAUGGAGAAUGGGACUCUUUGAGCAAGAUGUUCACUUCUGAAGAGCUUGAUUUCACAUCUCAAUUCCUUGGUCAAUGUUCAUUUCUGCUAGAGAAUGAUGAGGGUUUGAAUUCUCGAACCCCAUCAAAUUAUUUUUGCCCCACUUCUGAGGCUGAGAAGGGCAUGUCUGGGGUUAAUGAUAAUUUACUUUUUUCUUUAGAUUAUCUCAACUCUAAUUUGCAAUAUGUUUCUCAAGAAAGUAGUAAUAGUAGUCAUUGUAGUAGCAGCGUCUUCAUUGCCACUCCUAGCCAUGAAAACUAUAAUUUUUUUAGUGAUGCUACUAACCAUGUUCCUGUAACAAAUGGUAUCCCUUUGUCCAUGAACAAUGGCAUAAUGGAUGAGAAACAUGUUGGCUCGUUUUUACCAACCUUUCCUGACAUUGUAAUGGGUGAGAGUACUGGUUGUAUCAAAGAAGAUAUGAACCCUGAAGGAUUGGAGAAGUUAGAUGAUGUUACUGGCAACAAAGAGUUGAUUCUCAAAAGGAAGCUUGAUAUGCCAGAAUCAUACACAAAAGCAGAAGACAAAAUGAUCGCUGCGCACCCGUCUGAGAAUUCGAAGAAAAAACCCCGGGUUUCAAGAGACGUACAAAAGAGUAAGAAGAAUGUACAGUCAAAAAAGAACCAGAAGGCUAGUCCAAAUGGCAACCAUGAAGAAGAGAGUAAUGCUGGACCAGAUGGACAGAGCUCCACUAGUUAUAGCUCGGAGGAUGAUAAUGCUUCUCAGGAGACUAAUGGAGGAACUUCAGCGUCCCAAACUCCUGAAGCUCUCAAUUUGAGUGGGAAAACAAGAGCUAGUAGAGGUUCGGCAACUGAUCCACAAAGCCUCUAUGCAAGGAAAAGAAGGGAAAGGAUAAAUGAAAGACUCAGAAUCCUGCAGAAUCUAGUCCCCAAUGGAACAAAAGUUGACAUUAGCACAAUGCUUGAAGAGGCAGUCAAUUAUGUGAAGUUUUUGCAGCUACAAAUCAAGCUCUUAAGCUCCGACGAUCUGUGGAUGUAUGCUCCCAUUGCUUACAAUGGAAUGGAUGUUGGCUUCCUCAACAAGAUUUCUCCACCUCUAUGA